CCUCAUGAUAGCUAAAAAGCACUGAGUAAAAGAGGUUGCAACAGCUGGUGCAUCUAUAAAUAACGUUUGCAUCUUCUAGUCAUCUACUUUGGUAAGCCAAGAAUAUUUCUAAACUAAAUACAUUUUGUAUUAUCAAACAUGUAUAUUACAAUUUCACAGUGAUCACCAAUAUUUAUUGGGUUCUGUAAGCUAGUAUGGAUGAGAAAAGUAUUAGCAUUUCCAAAGAACUGACAAAUAGUUGAAGACAGCAUUCUUUUUUUUUCUUUCUUUUCUUUUCUUUUCUUUUCUUUUUUUUUUUAAAAUAAAUAUUUCUGUAGUAAACUUUGAGGCAAUAAUCCUGUUGUCACUCUAUGUUUCUCUGCCUUUUGUUUUGGUCACAGAUGGACAACCAGACAUUCAGAUACAGUGUACUCUUAGUGGAAGGACUGAAUAUUACAACUCAGUCCAGCUAUCUUGCAUUUGUCAUCCUUUUGAUGGCUUACAUAUUUAUAAUGGUAUCUAACCUUUGGAUUUUGAUUCAGAUCUCAGCAGAAAAAGGCUUACACCAGCCCAUGUACAUUAUUUACUGCAACUUGCCACUCAAAGAUGUUAUGGGAACAACUGUUAUUGUCCCACGUUUGUUGAGGGAUCUUGUAACAAACCCCUCUGAACGCUACAUCACUUAUGUGGAGUGUGUUUUUCAAGCUUUUUUUAAUCAUAUGAAUGGAACAACAAGCCACACUAUUCUAAUGGUUAUGGCCUUUGACAGAUAUGUGGCCAUAUGCAAUCCACUGCGUUACACUGCUAUAAUGAGCAAUAAUUUGGUGGUUAAAUUGUCAGCAGGAGCUUGGGGUACUGCAUUAGUGCUGGUGGGAAUUUUGAUCAGCCUCAGUGUGCGUCUGUCUCACUGCAGAUCUGUGAUUCAAAACCACAUUUGCGAUAACGCUUCACUAUUUAAACUCUCUUGUGAAAAUACAGUGAUUAAUAAUGUAUAUGGAUUAACUUUUACUGUAGUUUUACUAGUCUCUUCAAUGGGAAGUGUUUUAUUAACUUAUCUCAAAAUUGCAAUUGUAUGCUUAACCAGCAAGAACAAAGCAACAAACAAAAAAGCCAUAAAAACAUGCUGCACUCACUUGACUCUUUACUCAGUUAUGUUAGUCUCUGGAUUUGUUGCAAUUUUUCUCCAUCGUGUUUCUGAAUACUCUGACAAUAGAAGAAUAGCAAGUAUAGUUUUCAAUGUUGUGCCACCAGGAUUGAAUCCCAUAAUAUAUGGUUUACAAGUCAAGGAAAUAAGACAGAAUUUGUUCAAGUUUUUAAAAAAAUAA